AUGGACAUGGCUAUCAACUUCUUCUAUAAGACCAAGAUUGAAGAAGCAGAAGACAACAAAAUCAUUCCACAAUACAAAUUUGAGAUCCAUCCAUUCGACAAGGUGCAAGGAUUGGUGGGCCAAAUCAAAAACCUUAUAGAUGUAGUUGGUAUGGUCACAAGCGUCGGGCGGCUGGAGAAAAGGACAAAUGGAGCGGAGAAGCUGGAUGUGGCUCUUACUGACAGCAGGAAUGAGAAAAUGAUAGUGACAUUGUGGGAAGACAGGGCAUAUCAAUUCCAGGCGAGCCUCCAGAACACAGGCCAAUCACCAAUAUUUGUUGUCAUUACUGGCCUGCUAGCAAAGAAAUUCUCAGAUAAGCCCUCUCUAUCGAGCACUGAUGCAACAAGAACCUAUUUUGAUAUUGAUUACAAACCACUCAAAGAUUUGAAGAAUGCACUACAUGAAGCAAGUGCGAAAGCUGGCGUGGGGCUGUUACCUCCAACAAACGUUCAAUUUGUAACCGCGGACGAAAAGAGCGUCCAACAACUCCAUAUUAAAGAUGUCCUUGACAUCGAGAUCCCACCAGAAAAAGAUCAAGUGCGCGGUCUUUGCAUGGCAACAAUAACAGAAAUAAUGGAGGGAAACGGAUGGCUAUAUAAUUGCUGCUCAAAAUGUGCCCGAGCUGUGCACCCAACCGAAGAAAAAUAUUUCUGCGUCGCUUGCAACGAUGACAACAUAACGGUUUCACAAAGGUAUAGGGUGGUAGCUCGCAUCAAGGAUGACACUGGAACAACAACUGUGACGCUAUUCAACAAAGAGGCAGAGCAGCUUAUUGGGGCUCCAAUUCAAAGGCUCAUUAAUGAACUAACCGAGGGAACAAACAUGGAAGAAAUCCCUCCUGCAGUAAAAAACAUCGUUGGGAAGUUAUGUGCAUUCCAAAUAAAGAUCAACAACUACAAUAUAACAAAUGGCUGUGAGGAGUAUACCGUCACCCGCGUCUCAGAAUGCUCAAAUGCUGAGGCUGGCGGUUCUGACACUGUCAACGCUGGCCACAAGGACAAGAGGGUUAGGUUGGAGUGA